AGGUCGUUUCCGGAUUUGUGCUUAGGUGUUGUGUGGUGUGGGUGUUACAGUGGUUGAAGAGACCUAGGAUUUGUCGUGACGUGUAAACUAGCGCCGAUGUUUCAUGGUGACAAAUUUAUUUGUUGGAACGCAUCUGCUGUCAGCAGGACCUUGCUGCGUUAUCCUGAAAGAAAUUCCUUAAAUGAGAUGGAGCGUUGAAUGCAUCCCGUGGGGUUUUCUUCGACGAACUGUCGUGCGACGGGGCAGUUCUUUAGAUCGCUGUGAUCUUGUCAAAGCUGUGCGGGCACAAGGUGGAUUCGAUUUGUUGUCAUUCAAAACAUGGAAUUGAAAGUUUGGGUUGAAGGAAUCCAACGUGUUGUGUGUGGGGUAACCGAGAAAACCACAUGUCAAGACGUUGUAUAUGCGCUCGCACAUGCGACUGGACGAACUGGUCGCUUCACAUUGAUUGAGAGGUGGCGAAACAAUGAGAGGCUUCUCGCACCGUUGGAUCAUCCUCUGCGUGUGCUUACUAAAUGGGGAGAACACUCAAACGAUGUUCAUUUCAUCCUUCAGCGAACGCCGCUCGAAGGUCUCAAUUUGGCUCAGCAACCAGGAAACCAAGCUCAGUCUGCCAUCAUUCAUCCGACCGUUCGACAAACCCCGAAUGUAGCCCAUUCGCCUAAUUCUGCAGGGAACAAAAUGCUUCCCAAUUCACACACUUUUCCCCCUCCGUUGUAUCGUGAUCCACCGAGGAUGCCUCCGCCUUAUCGAGAUCCGCCUCCUGUUGAUCCUGAGGUUCAUUCUUUCAGUAGCAACGACCAGGACCCAAAUCUGCGGAAUCAGUUCCAUGGGGUGAAAUCUCCCACCCCGACGCAUCGUCUGAAUAUGAUUAAGAAAUACAAGUCACAGCAGCAGAGCAACUCGCCAUCCUCUGCAGCCUCGGGUGCGCACCAUUCUCCGCGUUCCUACUGUCCUCCGCCAGAUGUGGUCAGUCAUGGGCCACCGCCGGCUCCGCAUCAACUAGCAUUACGAAAUCUUCAGGAGCUUGUAGAUAAUCAAAGAGCGCGCAUUUUGGCUCAGCAUGCAGAAUUGGCGAAGCUGGACUCGGAAGCGAAGGAGGCAGAAGAAGUCAUUCAAGAAGUCAAUCGGCUGGAGAAUAUCCUGGAUGCUUGCCAAAAUGAGGUGCAAGAAUUGCGUGUAGUGGAGGAUGACGCUCAGCAGAUGCAACGUCAAGAAAAAGAUUUGGAACAUAGGCUUUCUCAGCUUCGUUCUCAGUUGAUGACCUGUGAGAAAGAGCUGACGAGUGGCAGAGGAAAAAUUCAAUCGCUGUCGGAAGUGUUGGCCGUGGAACGACGUCAAGUGGACAUCGAAGAACAAAGCAGCGACGAGGACCGUCGCAUUCGACGAACUGGGAAAAAGAAAACCGGUGAAGCUGGAGCGGAAAUCGAAGGCAUGUUGCAAGAAAUUGACAGGCAAAAGGCUGCUAGUGAAGAACUACGACAAACUGCUGAUCGACUCGAAGAAAAGAUCCAAGAAAUUGAAAAGGCUUUGAGCGAGAAAAGAAAAAUCGCGUCGGAUCUCGCGCAGGAAAUGCGUGAGUUGAAUCUGGAAAGUUUAAUGGUCAUGCCGAUACCUGUCGUAUCUCCGGAUGCUGCUCGAAGUUCGAAUGAAGGAUUGUCAUCGAAAAGGAAGAUCGUUGGUUCCCCGAGACAGCUGGAAACUGCAGCACCGACACCGAAGAAUCCACAGGGUGUUUGGGUGUGACAAUCGUGGUUGAAACUUGCGUACUUUUGUUUUCGCGUGAGUACGUAUAAGCUUGAACAUGUGAUGGCGGAUCCGUUUCUCAAUCCGACCUGCAUUUACGUAUGUACCCAAACCCAGUGUUUGAUGUUACAAGGGAUCGUGGUUUGUUUUGCACCUUUUCCACUCGCUAUCGACAAAUUUUGAAGAUUCAGACUCCGUUCGAAGGAGUUAUGCGAUGAUUACGUCACACUUAGGUUGCUUGAAAUACUUCAUCGUUAUAGUAAUUGGUCUGCACAUGCUGGGUCGUGAUUCGAGAGAGGUUUUUGGUUGAACAUUUGUAGAAAAGUUACAUUUUACCAAACACUGAAGUGAUCCGUCCCCUUGCGAAAAAAAGAAACGGAUGUUGUUUUGAUCUAGUUAAUCGAAGCGUUGCUUCACUCCGUGCCAAGCGUUUUUUUUUUGUUUGUUUGUUGGUUUUGUUUUUGCUAGGAGGGAUUCGAAAAAUGUUGAGCGAGGGAAAAUUCUCGAGCUCCAAUUGCUGUUUUUCCGAGCCUUUUUUUAGCAUAUUUAUGUUAUCGCACUUCCCUGUAGUCGAGUUGUGAAGUGGUUUCGUAUCCGAAAGGAAAAAAUUUCCGUCCAGACUGAGGUGAAUUGGUGCAAAAGGUAGGAUGAUGUUUUCUUUUGCUACGUUUGCUGAAUUUUCUUUGAGCCAUUUUUUAUGCAAUGCUUUGAAUCCGCUAAAGAGCCAACUUUUUGUUUCUCAUGCAGCAGUGGUUCGAAAAAGUUGUUUAAUGUUGAGGUUUUUCGGUCGUUCAUAUGCUUGAACGUCUUUUCUGCCCCGUGGUUGAAGUUGGGCACGAUUGCGCAUGUGUUCUGAGGCAUUAUUAUCUUUCUGGAAAGCAAAAAACCAGGUUUUUCCCCCCUUUCUAGUUGCAAGCUUAGUUCAAGGAAGUAAAAUCCUGCUGAAGAGUCUUGCCGGUAUGUAAUCUGUGGCAACGGUGAUCUGAUGGAUUUGUCACUGAACUAUUUUGAAUCCUGCGUGGUUCUUGACCAAGUAGUUGAAUGAAAUGUCCAUGUGUGUUUGAAAAUUAC